GCGGGGCAAGCGAUCCCAAUUUCCAGUGCGACUGCUUGGUUGGAUGCUGGCAGAUCGAAGAGAUAAACCCCAUCGCGGACAUAUUGCCGUGUCACGGCUGCCAGACAGACCAGCAACAGUUGUCACGAUGUCUGAGCCGAGAUGAGACAGGAGCGGCGGAGCGAAUAUUGCGGCGGCGCUGCUGCUGCUGCUGCUGCCUCUCUGCCUGCUGAGACGCAAGCUCGUUUAUCACCUGGGACGGUCAGGGGGAGUCUUGUAUGUGUGUCAGCGUGCGUGCGUGUGUCAUCCUGGACUAUCUGCGUCACUUAGCGUGUCAGCAGCAUCCUCCCGGUGCUGUCGGGGGUUGUCUGGGAGAGCUGAAUCCAGACGACCGGGCUGGCCAAUGAUCCGCUCGGCGGGGAAACGAGCUGUUGCGUCUGCACCGAGUCACAGCUGACGAGCCUGCGGAGUCGGACACACAAGAGCGCCAGGACAGACAGACAGACAGACAGACAGCCGGGCCGAGAGACAGACGGGAGCGAGAGGAGGGGGGCGGACAGCCUGUUACGGCUCUCUCGACCCUUUGCGGAUCGAGCAGAGCCCCCCCCCCGUUUGUUGGAUGGGGGGAAAGCAGAGCACGGCGGGGCGGUCCCGGGGUGCUUUUCCCGGUGUUUCUACGGAUGACAGCGCGGUACCACCAUCGGCCCAUUUCGGCCACUACCGGUCGAGCGGCACCAUGGGCCUACGGAGCCGCUCGGUGAGCUCCGUGGCCGCGAUGGACAUUGAGCAAUCUCCCACUGUGCCCUUCGGCUUUUACACCCCCAGAGGUACGGACUCGGAUCGAGCUGGAGGGGGGUCAGGGGGCACACCCGCAGGUUCUCACGGAACCGGCUACCAGGACGGUGGCGGUGGACGGCAUCACACAGACGGAGUGCUCUAUCUGGGAUCCCGGGGGUCGCUGGCUGACACCUUGCCCCUGCACAUCGCUCCCCGCUGGUUCAGCGCGCACAGCGGAUUCAAGUGUCCUGUGUGCUCCAAAUCUGUGGCAUCCACUGAAAUGGAAGUUCACUUCAUCAUGUGUCUGAGCAAGCCUCGACUCUCAUACAAUGAUGACGUGUUGAUGAAGGAUGCUGGCGAGUGUGUGAUCUGUCUUGAGGAACUGCAGCAAGGAGACACCAUAGCCAGACUGCCGUGCCUGUGUAUCUACCACAAAAGCUGUAUAGACUCGUGGUUUGAGAUUAAUCGGUCCUGCCCAGAACACCCAUCUGACUGACUGACCAUGGGCCCACUGACAAUAUUGUUCAAGGGUGGCUCACAGUCGUGCCAUGGAUAUCUGGACACAGGUUCAACAAAAUCAGAAGAAACAAACAAAUAUGAAUAUUCCACCCAAGGAAGAGAACUACUAAAAAUGAACGAACCAAAAUAUUUGCCACACGAACAAGUGGCUCAUGAUGAGAACUUCGGUUUUGAAAGAGACCUUAUGCAGUAUCUGCUGAAUAGAAUGAAGACAACCCAGUCCGUCAAAGGGCUUCACCUGCCUCAUCUCGCUCCCCAUACUUGUGUGUGGCCACUUGCCUCUGUCCCGUGUUCAGAUCCUCCUUGUCAAGAUCAGGAUCUGCCAGUACUUUGUCUUCAGCGCUCCCCAUGGCCUUAACUGGGGAAGAGAGAGGAAACAGACUUGAGUAUGAACGGAGACAGGUAUCAAAUGACACCAGGAAAAGAGAAUAGGAGCACAAGGAAACCAUGUUUUAAUGAACAAGAUGGAAGCAUCUUGUACAAUAUUCAGUGGGUCGCUCACUUGUCAACUCCUCAAUGACGUCAUAACAUACUGGGCCUCAUUGCUCAACCGUUCUGCCCCCCCGCCCCCCUACUUCUGCGGUCUUCCUUGCCAGUUUGACAAAGAAUAAUCUGAAUGUUCCUUAAAUAGUGAGGGAAACUGAUCUGAUUUGGAGAAAUGCCAACCGCAUAGAUUGAGGCAGGAUGGAGUGGAGGUCUGCUGAGAAACAGUCUAAGCAUGCUAACUCCCACUUGAGAGAAGACAAGAAAGGCCAGCAAUGUCUGGCAACAUUGUCUCUCUGGCUGUGUAACACAUUUGGGAUACUGCGAUGUCGGGCUUUCAUGCAUGUUUGUCUGAGUGAAAGGUUGGAGGCUGACUGGGACAGUGCUCUGUGUGCCUGUGUGUUGGUCCGCGUAUUCAAAUGUUUACAGCUAGACGUCGAUGUCCCCUGUGUCUGACUGGCAGUCCUCCCUUUACUUUGCUGAUGUUUACAGCUACUGCGAAGCUACAUAUGUGACAAAUUGUACACAUGUACCUCUUGGUUUGACUUUCUUCUUUUAGAUGAGCCUGAUUUUUCAUAUGCUGUUACCUUGCGAGAACCUCAAGAGUACGAGUGUCUCAAUGUGUUCCACUUUUUGAUCGAUGCUACUCUUCCUGCUAGCGUGGAUAAGACUGCUUGAAGCUGAACCGGAAUUGUGAGCCAAUUGGUCCCUAAAAUAGACUCUGCGGUCCCAUUGUAGAUCAAUCAAAGGGGCUCAUUUGCUUUUUUUGUUCAUAUUUAACAAUAUUUGUUCAAUAUUACAAUCAUGCCAGCUGCUACUCACACUUUAGAAUGCCAAGAGCUGAUUUAUGAAGACUGCUACAAAAGAAAAACGUGCAUAAACAAAGCUACUGUAAACAAAUGGUGGAAUAAAUUGUGCUAGAUGACAUUCUG